AUGACUCUCGAUCAAACCUCAGAGCUCAAACCCCGCUUCUUCGCGAGAUCCAAUCUUCCGCAACCCAGCGAUGAUAUACUCGAUGAAGCCUGUUCAUCUGAGCACCCUGAUUUUACAGACCUGUUCUCCCUUGCACACGCCACUCAUAUCUACUGGAACUCUUAUGCCUUCCACAACGUAGAUUUCCUCGAUAGCGCGCCUUGGCGUUCUAAGGAGUAA